CGAUCACGUGGCCCCCUAAGGUCUCGCGAGACUCUGCUCUGGCGUCUCUGGAAGAUUCUACGCCCAGAGCCUCGCGGUAGCGGUAAUCAUGCUGCCGCGAAAAGACAGCAAACUGAAGGCCAGUAAUUCAAAGGUAGUUCUGCAAAACACUGAGUCUGAGAAACAGCAACAGGAACAUGCUGUACCAUCAAUGAAAUAUGAGAACCAUGAAAAUAAAGAACAUAAUGAUGAUGCGAGCUCUCCUGAUGCAGGAAGGAAUGUUGAGAGCUCUUUCCAGGAUACUGUUGGUGAUGGAAACGUUCAUGAUAAACACAGUAGAUAUGAGCAUCUGCCCUCAUACCUCAAUGAUGAUGGAAAUACAGCAGUGAGGAAUGUCCACAGGGACUCUCAAAGGCGGUGCACUCCUUAUGAUGUGCGUCGCAACAAGAGGACAGUGCAAUGGCGCUAUGAUGACCAAAUCCAUAUUACUGUAUGGAGAGAGAAGAAAUCUCUAGAGAGACAAAAUAAUAAGGACACAAAGGAUGAAGCCACGGAUAUCUGGUUCAAGGUCAUGGUUCCAUAUGGGAAAAAUUAUGACAAGAAAUGGCUGAUGAAUUCAAUCCAGAGCCAUUGCGCUAUCCCCUUCACUCCGGUUGAUUUCCACUACGUCAAAAAUCAGGCCCGGUUCUUUGUCCAGGAUGCUAGCACUGCUGCUGCAUUGGCAGAAGUCAGCCACAAGAUUUGUGAUAAUGAGGACAAAAAGAUACCUAUUUUUGUCAGCCGCUCUGUUGUACCCUACUCUGUGCAGAAUAAGUUGCAGCCAGAACAAAUGGAGCAGCUAAAGCUGGCCCUGAGCAAGCGAUAUGAUGCUUUCCAGCGAUCUCUUGACCUCCAGAGACUCCGUUUUGACCGAGAUUUGGUAAGCCAUAAUAUUGACAUGAUACUGAAUCGGAGAAACUGCAUGGCUGCUACUCUGGAGGUCAUUCAAAGUGAUUUCUCUGAGCUGGUGUCUUUGAAUUUGAGCAGCAACAAACUCUACCAGCUGAAUGGCCUGUGUGACAUUGUUGAGAAGGCCCCCAAAGUCAAGAUCCUGAACCUCUCUGCAAACAAGCUGAGGACAGCAUGGGAAUUGGAGAAAGUGAAAGAGCUGGAUCUGGAAGAGCUGUGGCUGGAAGGGAACCCCUUGUGCAGAACCUUCCCUAGCCAUGCUGCCUACGUAAGUGCCAUCCGAGAUUGUUUCCCCAAGUUGUUACGCCUGGAUGGCAUAGUGUUACCCUUGCCAGUUGGCGUUGACACUAAUGAACUGCAGUUAGUAGAACCCUUCCCGGAACCCCCAAAAGAAACUGAAAUGCUGAAGAGUUUGAUCUUGCGCUUCCUGCAGGAGUAUUACUUCAUCUAUGACUAUGGAGAUCGCCGGAGUCUCCUUCGUACUUACCACGAGAAGGCCUGCUUCUCCCUGACCAUUCCUUUUGAUCCCAUGGACCCAGUCCCGAGUGGCUUAUGUGAGUAUUUCAAGGACAGCAGGAAUAUGAUGUAUCUCCAGGACCCCUACCUGCGAAGGCAGAUGCUGAAGCACACAAACUGGGACAUUGUGAACACCCUCAAUGUGUUGCCCAGAACUCAGCAUGACUUCAUCUCCUUCUCAAUGGACAUGUGGUUCCAGAUGGGAACUGCGCUCUGCUUUUCUGUCAACGGGGUGUUCAAGGGAGGAAGUAAUUCUUGGGAUUCUGCAUUUAUCUUCACCCGGAUCUUCAUCACUGCUCCUAGAAGCAGUUCUAGUCUGUGCAUCCUGAAUGACCAGCUGUUUGUGAGAGAUGUCAUGCCUGUUAUCCAUAACAGCUCUGUUCUAGGAGCCAUACCUGGCUCUAACACAAUGGCCGACCUGAACCAGCUGCAACAGAAAAUGGUGCAGGCUUUCUACAUGCAGUCUGGGAUGAAGCUCGAGUGGUCUCAGAAGUGCCUUGAGGACAACGGAUGGAACUACAUCAGAGCCAAGAAUAUCUUCAUUACCCUCCUGACCCAGAGCAAGAUCCCACAGGAGGCUUUCAGGCACAUGCCCUAGAAAGAGCCCUCAGAUGUCGUCAUCAUCUUCAUCCACAUCAUCAUCUCUGACUUUUCUCCAGCCUGAGGACACAACCAUGACUGGGAUUGGAGGCCUGGCUUUCCAAGAUGGCUAAACUUCACUUGUAGGCUGGUAGCAUAACCAUCAAAAAGGCCAAAUGUUUUGUUCAUUUUUCCCACCCAAUGUUGCUGUUUAUGUUCAUAAUAAA